AUGUCCUGCCACCUGCACCAGCACCUCCCUCCGCUCUACCAGGACCCCGUGGCGCUGUCCCCCGGCAUCCCCUUCCCGGCUCAGCGGUGGCACUCCACCACCUGCAUCCCCCAGGCCGUGUCCGGCCAGGUCCCCCUGCAGCGGGCGGUGUCCUCCAGCGUGUGCCAGCAGCAGAGCAUCACCCAGGCCGUGCCACCCUGCCAGCUCCACAGACCCCGCUGUGUGCCCCAGCACCUCCUGCAGCAGCAGCAGCUUGUCCCCAGGCGGGUGACAACGUGUGUGCCACCGCAGCAGCGUGUCACUCCGUGCGCGGCACCGCAGCAGCGCGUGACCGGCGGCGCGGGUGUCACCCGGUGCGUGCCACACCAGGUGGGGGUGACCCAGUGCGUGCCACAGCAGCUGCGGGUGCCACAGCAGUGCCCGCCCGUCCCCCAGCAGCAGAAGAUUGUCCCCAGGUGUGUCACCACCUGCGUGCCACAGCAGCGCGUGACGGGCGUCACGGGCGUCACCGGUGUCACCCGGUGCGUGCCGCAGCAGCUGCCAGUGCCACCGCCUGAGUGCAUCCCCCAGCAGCAGAAGAUUGUCCCCAGGUGUGUCACCACCUGCGUGCCGCGGCCGCCGUUCGUCACCAAGGGUGUCCCGCAGCAGCAGAGUGCCACCAGGUGCGUCCCCCAGCAGUGUGUGACCAGCGUCUGUCCCCAGCAGGGUGUCCCCAGGUGUGUCACCACCUGUGUCCCCCAGCAGCGCGCGGCCCGGGGCGUCUCGUACCAGUGGGCGACAGCGCCUGUCCCCCAGCAGCGGCAGAGUGUCACCGCCGGUGUCCCCCAGCAGUGGCACAGCAGGUGUGUCACCAAGUGUGUCCCGCAGCAGUGUGACACCGGCGGGGCCAGCAUUUGUGUCCCUCAGCAGCAGCAGAGUGGGACGGUUUGUGUCCCCCCGCAAAGUGCCACCAAGGGUGUCCCCCAGCAAAGUGCCACCAAAUGUGUCCCCCAGCAAAGUGCCACCAAAUGUGUCCCCCAGCAGUGUGUGACCAAGAGUGUCACUCAACAGAGUGCCACCAAAUGUGUCCCCCAGCAGUAUGGGACAAUUUGUGUCCCCCAGCAAAGUGCCACCCAGUGUGUCCCCCAGCAGUAUGGGACAAUCUGUGUCCCCCAGCAGUGUGUGACCAAGAGUGUCACUCAACAGAGUGCCACCAAGAAUGUCCCCCAGCAGAGCGUGACCAAAUGUGUCCCCCAGCAAGGUAUGACCAAGUGCGUCCCCCAGCAAAGUGCCACCAAAGGUGUCACCCGGAAGUAUGGGACAGUUUGUGUCCCCCAGCAAAGUGCCACCAAGUGUGUCCCCCAGCAAUAUGGGACAAUCUGUGCCCCCCAGCAGUGUGUCACCAAAUGUGUUCCCCAGCAAAGUGCCACCAAGUGUGUCCCCCAGCAAAGUGUCAAGUGUGUCCCUCAGCAGUGUGGCACAAUUUGUGUCCCUCAGCAGAGCGUAACCAAGUGUGUCCCCCAGCAAAGUGCCACCAAGUGUGUCCCCCAGCAAUAUGGGACAAUCUGUGCCCCCCAGCAGUGUGUCACCAAAUGUGUCCCUCAGCAAAGUGCCACCAAAUGUGUCCCUCAGCAAAGUGCCACCAAGUGUGUCCCCCAGCAAUAUGGGACAAUCUGUGCCCCCCAGCAGUGUGUGACCAAAUGUGUCCCUCAGCAAAGUGCCACCAAGUGUGUCCCCCAGCAGUGUGCGACCAAGAGUGUCACUCAACAAAGUGUCACCAAAUGUGUCCCUCAGCAAAGUGCCACCAAAUGUGUCCCCCAGCAGUCUGGUGGCGUGAAGAUCUCCAGCCACUCCAAGAAAUACUGCUCAGCCCCCAAGUGGCCCUGGUGACCACCAGGGCGUGUGACGAGGACAAUCCCUGGGAAUUCGGCGUUUGGGUUCUUUAUCUCCUCCUGCUCCCAUCCGCGUUAUCCCGGUUUUCCGGCGUUUCCCUCCCGUUCUGUGGGGACAUUCCAGAUGCCUCUGGCUCCUUCCUCGAUGGUGGGAUGGGACCGAAUUCCCACAGAAUUCCAAGAAAUGGUGAUUUUAAAGCAAUAAUAAUAAUAAUAAUAAUAAUAAUAAUAAUAAUAAUGAAAGAAGGAGUCCAGAUCUCCCCAGCUUCGAAGGGACUGGUCCAGAUCCCAGCUCCAGGUUUAUUCCUGGAAUCGGGACAGAAUGUUCCGGUUGAGUUGGAUUCCACAAGGCCCGGAAUUUUCCAGAACAUCCAGGUUUGAUGUUCCCAUCCAGGGAAGGUGAACGUGAAUUUCUGAUGAACUGGGAUAAAAUUCACUCGGAAUGCCAGGAUUGGAGGGGUCUGGAGGGACCAAAGCAGGUCCAAAUUCCCUGUUCCAGCAGGGAAUUGAUUAAUUAAUUAAUAGUUCUGGAAUAUUCCCAGGGAGGGAGACUCCAGACCUUUUCCAGAGCACAGCCAAGGAAUUCUUAAAAUUCAGGUGGAAAAGGACCCUCCUGGUCCAGGAGAGCCCCUUUCCCUCUGGAGUGUGGCCAGAAUUCACAUUUUUUUCUAACCCCUGAAUCCCACAGAGUCCCCAAACAGCAAUUCCCCAAAAUGACCCUCCUGAACCUUUUAUUUUUAUUCUUUGAUUAAAAUAAAAACCACAACUUGAAACGAAAACUCUUUGAAAUAACAAAAGUUAUAGCAGGGUUAUUCUAGAAACGUUUCAUUAAAAAAAGUAAUUAAUUAAAUUUUUUCUGCUGAAGAUGUGCACUGAAAACAAACUUUAUUUACAGAAAUAUUCUAAUAUUUUACAUAUAUAAUUAUAUAUAUAUAAACUUAAAUAAACAUUCUUGC